CACAAAGUGAGGUGUUCAAUUUGAUCAUUUGACAGUGUACCAAGAGCAGACAUACUGUACACAGACCUCAGACUAAAGAUGAUGGGACUGGUGUGGAUUACAGUGAUGCUGUUCAAUGAAAUAGAUUCUGAACAGAUAAUUGACAUCCAUCAACCAAAUCCAACAAUAACUGCUGAUGUUGGUGAUAAUGUGACUCUGCGCUGCUUUCGAUUGCGAGUGCAAUACUCCGGAGCUAUUGUUUGGUAUAAGCAAAAAAUAGGACAUGAGCCUUCUUUAAUGCUCACAGAUGAACAGUUAUCUGAUAAGUUCACAUCCCCGAGAUUCGGCAUUGAGAAAAACAAAAAUAGCUCACAUUUAAAAAUUGCUAAUGUGCAACUAUCAGAUGAAGCCAUGUACUACUGUGGAUUUGUAAUAUUUACAAUUACGUAUGGAAAAGGAACAUUUUUAUCCGUGAAAGGUAAACCAGACUUGAGUGUCUCAGUAUCACAGAGCAGUGUGUUGGACUCGGUUCCUGCAGGAGCGUCAGUGACUCUGCAGUGCUCGGUUCUCUCUGAGAGCAGAGCAGCAGAACUCCAAGUGCUCUGGUUCAGAGCUGCUCCACCACAAUCCCAUCCUCAAAUCAUUUACACUCAUCACAACAGCAGCCAUCAGUGUGAUUCUACACACACCUGUGUGUACAACUUCUCCAAGAACAUCCUCAGCCUCAAUGAUACUGGGACUUACUACUGCGCUGUGGCCGCGUGCGGGAAGAUUGUUUUUGGGAACGGAACACGAGUACAACUGGAGGGACCAGUGGAUUCGGUAGUGAUGUGCCUUGCUGUAGCUUUAGGAGUGUGUGUGGUUAUAAUCUUUGCUUUGACAUUUGUCAUAACCUGUAAAAAAAGAAACAAUGUGAAACGUAAACAAGGUUCCAUAACAAACAAGAGCCUUAAUCAGAACUGUAACAAUGAGGAGCUGAAUUACUCGGCAUUGCAUUUUAAUAAAAACAAAGGAAAAGGAAGAAGAGUAAAGAAACACCAACCUCAAGAUACUGUAUACUCUGAUGUGCAAUAUACUUGUGUAACUUAGAUUUCUGUGUAACUCUUUCAAAAUUUAUUAUAAAUAAUUAUGCUGCAAGGUUUUUUUACUGUACAUACUGUAAAUAUAGUAUGUUGUGAUUAUUUAGACUAAAUUUAAACUGAAUGCUAAAUGAUCUAGAAGACACUGAAACACUGGUUCUCUCAGGGAGUAGUCUGAAGCAUUGUUAAAGGUUUUGAAA